AAUGUCAUCUCACCUAACUUCUCACUGUCUUUUCGCUAUCUCCCACUUAACUCUCUCAUUUAUAACCUUCGCUUUCAGUCAGUGUGUUUCCACUAUCUUCUAUGCUUUUGCAUUCAAUUCUAUUCUUCUCCUCUCAAUUAAAAUCUUCACUCCAUAUGCGCCUCUCUUUGGACCCCAACAACUUUUAUACUGUCCUCAAAAUUAAUGUUAGAUACGCGUCUGCAUAAAUCUCUGUAUAUAAAGGAACAAGUGAAUACAACUGAAGCUUCAAGCUAGUUCAGUGAACACACUGUUCCAUACUCUUUCUUACAUCAACCAUAUAAACAAAAAGCAAAACUGUUGUCAAGAUGGAGAAGAAGUUGAUAAUGUUUUUGUUUGUUCUUCUGCAGCUUCUGUUAGUAAACUCUCUUUCUCCAAAACAUUCAUCAGCCAAGCCAAAUGCAGAAGUAACUGUAAUGGGUUUUGUUUACUGCGAUGUCUGCUCCAACAACACUUUCUCCAGACACAGUUACUUCAUGUCUGGAGUGGAAGUAAGAAUAGUCUGCAGAUUCAAAUCAGCUUCGUCGACAACAAACGAGAUGGUAACAUUCUCUGCAAACAGAACCACUAACGAGUUCGGUCUCUACAAGGUAGCCACAACUUCUCUAGAUUGCGCUGACGUGGAUAGUCUCGCGAGUUCUUGUCAAGCGAGUUUGGUCGGGAGAAGAAGCUCCUCGGAUAUUUCUUGCAACGUACCUGGUUAUAGAACCACGACGGAUCAAGUCGUGUUUAAGUCUAAACGGUCUAAUCUCUGUAUCUAUGGUUUCAAUGCUUUGAAUUUCAGACCCUUCAAGAGCGAUCUUGCCUUGUGUGGCAAGAAAUAAGGAUUUCAAAACAACAAAAUUAUCUUUCAGUAUUAUUGUCUCAGUUGCUUCUACUCAAGAGAUAUUGUUUUUCUUUAAUCAAUGAAUGAAAAUGCGUU